AUGAUCUAAAUUUCAACAUAUUACUAAAUAUAUAAUUAUGAAUAUCAAGGUGAAUUUGAAUAUAGUAAAAUAUUAAGUUAGAUACACAAAUUCAUGCUAAAAAUCUAAGAUUCUCAAUAAUAAUAAAUAAGCAUAGAAAAAAAAUAAACUUUUGAUUAGAAUGAAUAAAUAAUAAAUUUAAUUUAUAAAUAAUAGAAAGUAAAAUUAUAGAUUUAGUUGGAUUAUUAUAAUUAGGUUCUGAUUGACAUUAAGUUUCUUAUUCCUUCUUCAUAUGAUCUAGAUCAAGCGAAUAAUACUGUAAAAUAUAUUCUCUUAUUUUCAAGGGCAUUGAGAGAACUAGAUUAUAAUUAGAACGAAAAUAAAUAAUAUAUUUUACCACUUUUAAUGCAUGUAAAUUAAAUUUUUAGUGUAGAAGAGGAAGAUAAUAGUGAAUAUGAUUAAAGUAUAUAUGAUAAAGAAACUUUUUAUACUAUAAACUAAGAUAACGAUACCACAUAUUCUGGGUUUUCAUCAGAUAAUCAGGAUAGUUAAAACGCAUAACCUGAAGAAGAUUUCGAUUAUGAUUAGAUUGAUGAAUUAUUAUUUUGA